AUGUUUCGAUCAUCGUUGAUUAUUCUUUUAAUAUUGAUUAUAUUAUUUACAAAUGGAAACAAUAUAACUAAUCCAAUACAAAAUACAACAUCAACACGUAAACCAGCUAGUCUUAAACUAUGUGGUCCAGCUUUAGUUCAAAUGCUUGAUUCGAUAUGUCAUAGAGUUAAACAAAUAUUAAUGAAAAACCAAAAAUCAUCAACAGCAUCGUCAUCAUCAUCACAUGAAAAGCGACAUAUGAUUAUUGAUGAUGAUCCAUUCACACGUACACUUUCAAUUAAAGAUUAUGCACAAUUUAAUAAUACGUUAAUUGGUGAUUGUUGUCUUCAAGCAUGUACACUUAAGACAUUAUUAAAAUAUUGUUAG